UCAGAAUAUUGGGCCAACCGCUCAGCAGUUCUCUCCUGCAGGACCUUACUGUUCCUCGCUCCAGCGCUGCAGUCUUCCCGCGGCGGCUUCUGUGACAGCCGGGUGCCCACUGCGCAUGCGCUUCGCUUUGUGAAUGGUCCGGUACCCGCUCCCCCUCCCUCCCCAAAGGUCUGCAGUCUCUGGUCAUCUCCUGCUCCUGUACUGUCUGUAGUCUCUGGUCAUCCCUGUACUGUGUCCGCAGUCUCUGGUCAUCUCCUGUACUGUGUCCGCAGUCUCUGGUCAUCUCCUGUACUGUGUCCGCAGUCUCUGGUCAUCUCCUGUACUGUGUCCGCAGUCUCUGGUCAUCUCCUGUACUGUGUCCGCAGUCUCUGGUCAUCUCCUGUACUGUGUCCGCAGUCUCUGGUCAUCUCCUGUACUGUGUCCGCAGUCUCUGGUCAUCUCCUGUACUGUGUCCGCAGUCUCUGGUCAUCCCCUGUACUGUGUCCGCAGUCUCUGGUCAUCUCCUGUACUGUGUCCGCAGUCUCUGGUCAUCUCCUGUACUGUGUCCGCAGUCUCUGGUCAUCCCCUGUACUGUGUCUGCAGUCUCUGGUCAUCUCC